AUGAGAAGUCAUCAAUGUGAAGUUAAUUACGCUGGUUCUUCUGGUUCUAUGGAAAGAACUUUAAUCAAAGAUAUGUUUAAACGGUCUAUAUCAAAAUACAAUGUUCAAUAUCAUUACUAUAUAGGAGAUGGUAAUGCCAAAGUGCACAAAGCUUUGCUUGAUGAUCCACCAUAUGAAAAUGUUGAAGUUCAAAAGAUAGAAGAUGUGAAUCAUUACUCUAAAAGAUUAUCUAAUCGUAUCAAAAAGAUCAAAACCCAGAACAAGAACAAGAUAUUACAAGAUGGUUUGAAGAUUGGUGGUGCUGGUCGAUUAACAGAUCAACAUAUCCUAAAAUUCAAAAUGUACUUAGGAAAAGCUAUUCGAGAAAACUUAGGAAAUCUGACAAAUAUGUAUCAUAGUGCACAGGCCAUUUUUUAUAAUUAUUAUUCAACAGAUCAAGAUCCACAACAUCAAUUCUGUGAUCCGAAAUGGUGCAAAUAUUUGCAGGAUAGCGACACAUAUGAUCAUGGUCAACAUUCGAUUCCUAGAACUUGUAUGGACAUUGUCAAACCUGCAUUCGAUGAACUAUGCUCUAAAGAGGCUUUGAAAAAAGUUGUUAGAGGAGGGAGUCAGAACCCAAAUGAAACAUUUCAUGGAAUAUUAUGGCAUUUAGUACCGAAACAUCGUUAUGCUAGUGGUUUAAUGAUUGAUAUAGGUGUUGAUUUGGCCGUUAUUCUAUACAAUGAUGGCUAUAAAAAAUUACGUGAUUUAUUUCAACAGCUGUUCAAUUCAUGUGGUUAUUACACAAACCAUGGUAUUAUUACUUUAGAUACUUCGAAAGAAGGCGAUAGACAAAAGUUUUUUGGUCGUAAAAGAACACAAAAAGUCAAUGAACAACAAACACACAAGAUUUUUCUAGAUAAUGAUGACAACAGCAGCAAUGGCGAAGAUGACGAAAGUGAUGGUUAUUUAUAUAGUAUUAGAUCGAGCGAUGAAGACGCAUACGAACCAGGUGGUGAUGAUUUAUAUUGA